AUGGAUUUCGAUCGGUUUCAGGUUGAGGUUGCGUUUCCGGUGUUCGGUCAAACCGAAGGAAGAGACGAGACGAAAGCAGAGGGCUCUCUCUCUUUCCCUUCCGGCUACUCGAUGCAAGCAAAGAUAAGGUCCGAGGAGACGGAGGUCGAUUGGUCCGAGGAGGCGUCGCGAGCAGCGACGGAAAGAGAACGAAGCAAGGAAAAUAAAUGUGAUGUUCCUCAUGUUUGCAGGAAUACAAAAGAAGAAGAACAAAAUGGUUCUUCGCUGGGAAUAAAGAUGUAG